CCCCCCCCCCCCCCUUUGCAGCUCUGGUGCACCACAGAGUUGCACUUUCUGUGCAUCCAAGUUUGUUCUUGUGGCUAGCUAGUCAGAACAUGACGGCGGCGGCAGUAGCACCGUCGCCAUCGCCGGAGUAUACCGGCAGCGCCGCCACCGGCCCCAUGAGGGGAUCACGUAUGACGCUCGACGACGACCACGACAACGAUAUCGAAGAUGCGGGAGGGACGAGACCAGUGGUUCCGGUGCCGGCGCCGGUGCCAGCGACGGCAACUACGACUGGGCCUGCGGUCCCAACGGCCGCGCUGCCGAGUGUAUAUCCCGGUGUGAAACCAGCAACGACAACGGUACAGGAGAGGGUAAUCGAGCUGCGCGAUGCCGUGAAGGGGAGACUCGAGGCGAUGGCGGGGAACGGCGCCGCCGAGGGAGGUGUUCUGGGUGGUGACAGGCGUGGUUACGUGAGAAUGAGGAUGGAGAUCGCCGACGAAGAGACCGGGCUGUUGUCGCUCGGACGCUCACCUGCACUCAGCACCGAGGCUUGUGAUCAAGACAGUGUUGGUGGUGGAGGAGGAGCUGGAGGGAGGCUGUCUCGGGACUCCGGUCGUGAUCUGGAAGGAGAAGGAGACAGUGGCGUCGGUGGCGGCCAUGUCCACGGCCACGACGAUGCACCAGCGGCCGAGCGCAAGAUCCUCGCCAGGGACCUUGCCGUCUUGCGCGAGCACCUGGAAGCGUGCCGCGUUGCUAGCGAACGGGCCGGGCCUACGGUCCGGCGGCGGUGUCUGAUCUUCGGACUCAUAGGCUUCCUCGGCAUGGUCGUCUUUACUUCGCCGACAGGAGGGCUCGGAUGGUUGUUCAUCCCGUACGCACUAUCGCUCAUGGUCGCCAUGGGAUCCUGCGACUUCUAUCUCAAGACCAAGGCGCGUGCGUGGGGCAUUCGGCGGGACAUUGAGAUUGUGGAGGACGCGCUGGGCAAAGUUGCACAUGGGACGGUCGGUCAGAUCGAUGCGAGACACUUUGGUGGUGCUGGGGAGGGUGUUUGGGCGGAGAGUAGUACCCGGGCGGCCUUGUUCGAUGCGUGCGUAUGCUGCCGGAGGGGGUGGUGGAGGCGGGUGAGGCUGCGCUGGACGGAUGUGGUCGGGCGCUGGGAUGAAGCGCGGCGGUAUCGCGCUUGGUUUGGGUGUCGUUGAAGCCUAGACUCGGGGCAAUUCCGGGGCAUCUGUCAAGGUAGACAGACUAUGCAGGUGAAGUUUAAAGCUUGAGGAGCAUCACUAGCAGGUGAUGGACAGGGCCAAUGUGUCUUGGUGUCCGGGCCAUGUGGGAACUGUACGCAAGGGUCAUGAUAACUUUAUUUCGACGGUGGAGUUGGAAUGGUGGAAUAACAUAACUAAGCUUAUAUACUAUUUGUUUUGGUUCGCAGUCUAUAGAAGUCUAUAUGUUUGACACAUGCCUUGUGGCUGCUUUGGAUUGAUCAGCGUCUCGCUGCUAUCUUUUUUCGUCCUUAGGUUCCACGUAGGUAGCAG